AUGGCAGGGGUCGUGGCCACUGCCGAAAAAAUACCGACCACCGAGCUCUCCUUUACCAACUGCGUCAUCACCUCGCCCGGCGAUUUUCCGCCAGGAACCAAACAUGUGGAGAUCAGGACCCGAUCGUCAAAGGAUCGCUUUGUCUUCUCGAUUCGUGAAGAUCGUGCAAUGAAGCCGAAGACGGUUGGCUUUGGGUUAUAUCACCGGAAGAGGACGUUGAUCUCACUUGGUGAGGAGGUGAUGCUGCAGCCGUACAACGUCGAUUCGCGACAUUACAUUGGCGCCAUCACGUUUUCCGUGGAUUUUCGUGACAAGAAGAAGGCCGUGCAAGAUCCGCUGAAUUCCGACCAUAUGGCCCGAGAAUUUUCCGUCAAUUUUGCGAAUCAAGUCUUUACGAAGGGGAUGCAGCUGGUUUUUAGAUAUGUCGAUGAGAAGGACCGUGAACAUCUACUCGAAUUGACCGUCAAAUCUAUCGAUGGCAUCGAUCUUUCCAAGCAGGAUAGCGAGACGUUUUCGAUCGAAAUCGGACAGUUCAUCCCCAACUCGGCCGUCAUCUUCGACAAGGAAGAGGGCUCGACGAUCAGCCUCAUUGGAAAAAGCAAGGGUAAAUCCGCUUACCGGUCGAUCAUCAGCCCCGACUGGGACUUCCAGAAGUUGGGCGUCGGCGGCGUGGACAAGCAGUUCUCGGCCAUCUUCCGUCGUGCAUUCACCAGUCGAUUGUAUCCGCCGGAGUUUGCCGAGCAGCUCGGGCUAAAACACGUGCGCGGCAUCUUGCUCUACGGGCCGCCCGGAACCGGAAAAACGCUGAUUGCCCGUCAGAUUGGAAAGAUGUUGAACUCGCGCGAGCCGAAGAUUGUUAAUGGCCCGCAGAUUCUGGAUAAGUACGUCGGAGAGUCCGAGGCCAACAUCCGCAAGCUGUUCGCCGACGCCGAGGAGGAGUCGAAGAAAGCCGGCGCCAACUCCGGGCUACACAUCAUCAUCUUUGACGAGAUUGACGCGAUUUGCAAGCAGCGUGGAUCAAUGGCCGGUUCUUCUUCAGUCCAUGACACUGUCGUCAACCAGUUGCUGUCAAAGAUGGACGGUGUUGAUCAGCUGAACAAUAUUCUUGUGAUUGGUAUGACAAAUCGAAGGGAUAUGAUUGACGAGGCGUUGCUACGCCCUGGCCGUCUCGAAGUCGGCGUCGAGAUUGGGCUCCCCGACGAGACGGGUCGUUCCCAAAUCUUGCGCAUUCACACCGCCCGCAUGAGAGAAUUCGACAAGCUCGACAAGGACGUCGAUAUCGAUGACCUGGCCAAGAAGACGAAAAAUUUCUCGGGCGCCGAAAUCGAGGGACUUGUGCGCGCGGCCCAAAGUAUCGCCAUGAAUCGCCAUGUGAAGACGGCGGAAAAGGUGACGCUCGAUACAGAGGCCGUCGAGAAGCUGAAGGUGAACAUGGCCGAUUUCGAGCUGGCCUUGGAGAAUGAUAUCAAGCCGGCUUUUGGAAGAUCAGAGGAGACUGUGCAAAAGUUCCUACGUCGCGGCUAUAUCCCAUGGUGUCAAGAAGUCGAACAAAUCAUCCACAACGGCCAGCUGCUUGUCGAAGCAACACGCGAACCGGAAAGCAUCGGAUUCGUCACCUGCUUGUUGUCAGGGGCUUCUGGUUCCGGGAAAUCCUGUAUCGCGGCCAGAAUCUCCAAGGAAUCCGAGUUUCCGUUUAUUAAGGUGGUCUCCCCAGCGACGAUGGUCGGCUUCUCAGAGAUGGCGAAAUGCCAGGCACUGCACAGGGCUUUCUCGGAUGCGAUCAAGUCUCCGCUUUCCAUCCUCUUCCUCGACGAUAUCGAGUCGCUUCUCGAUUACACACCGCUUGGACCUCGUUUCUCGAACCUCGUGCUGCAAGCGCUGCGUGUGCUGUUGCGCGACCCUGUCCCCGAGGGCCAUCGGCUUCUCGUAUUGGCCACAACAUCGGAGCGCGAAUUCCUCGAGCACGCUGGCUUGCUGAAAUUCUUUGACCACCAAAUCCACGUGCCAAUGCUGUCGGAGCCUCGUCAUGUGAUCGCUGUGAUGCAGUCCUCCAAUGUUUUCACCGCCGCUGAGCUGCAGACGGCCGAUAAACAGCUGCGAGAGCUGAAACAAAGAGCCCAAAUCCACAUCGGUGUAAAGCGUGUCCUCGGACUGAUCGACUUUGUCCGCCGCUCCGACGGUGACCGCGCCGCUCUUCUCGUCUCACAGAUCGAAGCCAUGGGAAUGGGCAUUGAA